ACUCACACUACCAGCGAAAAAAGAAAGAAACUUUACAUCGAAAGAUCUCUCCUUUCUCGUUGAACUCUCGAGUUUGUAUCCCCUUUCUCCGCCGUAGAUUUCAGCUGUUUUGAGGGUCCCAUUCGUUUUCCGUCAUCUUCUCCGGCGUUCGAUUUUCAGCAAUCACGGCUAUAUACGGCCCAUCUCGAGGCGUUAGCUCUCACGUCAACAUUGUCCGACGCAAGGGUUGUUGUUUAAUCGAGUCUAGUCCUUCGCCGCACGGAGGACGUGGAGCCCUGCCGUCUGAAGGCGGCAGCCCUUCCGAUCUCCUCUUUCUUGCCGGAGGCGGUUCCCAAAAUCAUCUCUUUCCUUCUUCCAUUAGCUUUUAGGUUUUUUUAGUUUCAAUUUGAUUUCGUGUGGGGCAAGUCUUUCUUUUUGCUAUUGGUUCUUGAGAAAUGUUGAAAAUCAAGAGGGUUCCGACCGUAGUGUCUAAUUACCAGAAGGAUGAGGCUUCCGAUGGUUCUGUCGGCGGCUGUGGACGGAACUGCCUCAGAGCUUGUUGUGUUGACAUGGCAAGGCUUCCGUUGUACGUCUGCAAGAAAGUGGAAGACUCCGGAGAGAAAGCUAGAGAGCCUCCGGUGGCUUUUCUCGAGUCCCUUGUCCUCGGCGAGUGGGAGGAUAGGUACCAAAGAGGACUCUUUCGCUACGAUCUCACUGCCUGCGUAACCAAAGUCAUCCCGGGGAAGUAUGGCUUUAUUGCUCAGCUUAACGAGGGCCGUCACCUAAAGAGGCCAACCGAGUUCCGUGUAGAUAAGGUUUUGCAGUCUUUCGAUGGCAACAAAUUCAACUUCACUAAAGUUAGCCAAGAAGAAUUGCUCUUUCAGUUCGAAGCUGGUGAAUAUGAAGAAGCUCAGGUCUUACCCUGCAUGCCUCUUCUCGCUGAGAAUUCUCCCAGUGUUGUUGCCAUCAAUGUUAGUCCCAUCGAGUAUGGGCAUGUGCUGCUGAUUCCUCGUGUUCUCGACUGCUUGCCUCAGAGGAUGGAUCACAAAAGCAUGUUGCUAGCACUUCACAUGGCUUCCGAGGCUAAGAAUCCUUACUUCAGAGUUGGUUACAACAGCCUUGGUGCUUUUGCCACUAUCAACCAUCUUCACUUUCAGGCAUAUUACUUGGCCAUGCCUUUUCCAUUAGAGAAAGCUUCUUCCAAGGAGAUGAUUACUACUGAUAAUGGUGUGAAAGUCUCAGAGCUUCUGAGCUACCCUAUGAGAGGUCUUCUCUUUGAAGGUGGAAACUCUAUGCAAGACCUAUCUGAUACUGUAUCAGAUGCCUGCAUUUACCUCCAGAACAGCAACGUUCCUUUCAACGUUCUCAUCUCUAAUUGUGGAAGGCAGAUCUUCUUGAUGCCACAGUGUUACGCAGAGAAACAGGCUCUAGGUGAAGUAAGCACGGAGGUGUGGGAAGCGCAGGUGAACCCAGCUGUGUGGGAGAUAAGUGGGCACAUGGUGCUCAAGAGGAAAGAGGAUUACGAAGGAGCAACAGAGGAGAAGGCAUGUAUGCUCCUUGCGGAUGCUUCUCUGUCAGAGGAAAGGUUUAGGGAGGUUAACGCUCUCAUCUUUGAAGCCAUAGGUUGUAGUAACCAAGAGGAGGAGCUUGAAUGAACCACAGUUCACCAGCUGAACACUAGUGGUAGUGUUAACCAGAAAUAAGCAAACUCUUCGGUAGUUGCAUGAAACUUCUUGGUGGUUGUUCCCAAGAUUUGCUCUCUUCUUUUGUAAGUUCAUGUUUUGGAUAAAUAUAGUAUGUUCUUCAUGAAAAUGAAAUUCCUCAGCCAUGUUGAAUGUUGAGAAGAAGCUAAGUGGAUUUUAGAUACGGCUCCCCAAUUUAAUAUACAUGAGCUUUUCAUCAUCA